GGCGGGGGAGGCAAGUUCAUCAACAUAAACGAAAUUUGCAAAAAAGUGGAGUACUGAUUGAGCCAGAAAGUAGUCGCGGCCCGCUGCCAGGACCACAAUCAGCACGAGGCAUCCGAUCAUGUAGCUCGUCCUUCCUAUCAAACGCAAAAGUUCUCAAAGAUGUUGGCAACUUGAUUGAUUACGCCACUCAAAGAAGGUACUUUUUCACGUUUUUCGGCAGUCGCAGUCACGGUGUACACUUUCGCGACUCUGACGUUGAUGUGUGCCUCUACCUGCACGACAUCAGAUCAGAUAAGCAGGCGCGGCACUACCUGCACACUCUCGGACUAGGCUUGACGUACCUGCAGGAAGCACAUGUCGACUGGCUCAUCGCUCGCAUCCGGAAGCGGCGGGCGUUAGGCAGAGUGAGAAAGCAAAGGCUGAAGGGAAGAGACAAGCGGAAGCGAGGACACAAGGACACACCGCAAGAAUUGCCGGAGCGUGUGGAAAGAAGCAGGGCUACUGGUGACGAUGAGGAAAGCAAAGGCUUUAGUACUACCGGCAGAAAGGGGGAAAGUGAAGAAAAUCUUAGCGCGCAGGCAGCAGAGUGGCGGUCCCGAUCACGGUUUUCACCCACUGAAGAGAAUUCAAGAGAUUUUCCCUCCACCGCUGCACUGCCAGACAGAACAAGUCUGAAGUAUGCGAAAGACGUGCACUCCGUGGAUCUUGAGCCUGUGGAAGCGAAAGGCACACUGGAAUUUGUGUUCAAAGGCUUCCAGGUGGAUCUAACGUACGCGCUGGACCCCGUAGUGCGGAUGGGAAUGCGGGAACAACCGCCUGCGACCUUGAUAGAAAAGAGCACUGGAGGCGCAGCGAUUGCCGGAGGAGGCCGUGUCGAGGUGAAAGUGGAAAAGAAACACAAAAGGGAGACAUCGGCCGGAGAAGUACAACCGUCAGCAUCACGGUGGAACCAGAAAAGCCCUUGUUUCCGUUCCUGGUUACAAGGCGCUCAUUUUCUAGACAGCUUGCUUCAAAAUCCCGGCUUUGGUGCGCUUGUCGUUGCCGUCGAAGAGAAAAACGGGAUGAGAGUAGGUGACCAAGAAAGUGCUAUUGGUAAAAAUGAUGACAUCGUGCAAGAGCAAUCGGAAGGGAAGUUCCCAGAUCCAGUUUCAUGCAAAUCGACCCUACUGACACGAGCACGACAGGAGAACAAGCUCCGGAUGGUUUUCCAAAAGAUCCUGCACUUCGUCGCGGCCGAUAACAAGUGUGUGGAUGGGUCGCGGGCUUUUGGGAAAAGGUUUGACAGUGCACAGGCUGACUUAUUGGCGAACGCUCCCACAAGUACAACUCCCUC